CCUUAGCCCACUAAUGACGUGGGUCGUUUUGACAGGAUCAUGUUGAAGACGAAGGACCUCCAGCUCUCUUCUGAACUGUGUGAGCUGAACUCACGGCUGUAGGUUACAGGUUGGAGAGCCAUCGCUGGACCUUCUGCAGGAGAAAUUAUCCACCACUGAUACACGGAUGAGCUGUCCAGAUGGGGAGAUCGUAGGUGAACAGCUUCUAUGACCAACAUGAGUUGGAGCUUCCUCACGCGUCUCCUGGAGGAGAUCCAUAACCACUCCACUUUUGUGGGGAAGGUGUGGCUCACGGUCCUCAUCGUCUUCCGCAUCGUGUUGACGGCCGUGGGCGGAGAGUCCAUCUACUCGGACGAGCAGACCAAGUUCACCUGCAACACCAAGCAGCCCGGCUGCGACAACGUCUGCUACGACUCCUUCGCCCCGCUCUCGCACGUCCGCUUCUGGGUCUUCCAGAUCAUCAUGAUCUCCACACCUUCCGUCAUGUACCUGGGCUACGCCAUCCACAAGAUCGCCCGCACCUCGGAGGAGGAGCGCCGCAAACAGCAGCGGCAGCACAGGAGGAGCCACAGGAGCAGGUGGAGGUCCGGCCAUCACCUGGAGGAGGUCCUGGAGGAGGAAGAAGAUGAUGAUGUGGAGCCGAUGAUCUAUGAGGACGCGCUGGAGGUUCAGGAGGCCAAGCCGGAGGUGGAGAAGAGUUCGGAUCAAGGUCCUGCCAAGCACGACGGCCGCCGCAGGAUCAUGCAGGAGGGUCUGAUGAGGAUCUACGUUCUCCAGCUGCUGUCCCGUGCCGUGUUUGAGGUUGGAUUCCUUGCGGGUCAGUAUCUGCUUUACGGAUUCCGUGUGAGCCCCUCGUACGUUUGCAACAAGGUACCCUGCCCGCACAAGGUGGACUGCUUCGUGUCUCGGCCGACAGAGAAAACCAUCUUUCUGCUCAUCAUGUACGUGGUGAGCUGCCUCUGUCUGGUCCUAAACGUGUGUGAGAUGUUCCACCUGGGCAUCGGCGCCUUCAGGGAUACGAUCCGCAAGCGUCGGAGGCAGGGUCACCCCAAUUCCUAUGGUUAUCCUUAUUCCAGGAAUAUUCCAGCCUCUCCACCAGGGUACAACCUCGUGAUCAAGUCCGACAAGCCCGCAAUCCGCAUGGCCAACAGCUUGCUCUCCCAUGACCAGAACUUGGCAGGAGUUGGGCAGGAGCAGCACUGCACCAGUCCAGAUGAGAAUAUCCCAUCAGAUCUGGCCAGCUUGCACCGGCACCUACGAGUGGCACAGGAGCAGCUGGACAUGGCCUUUCAAACGUACAAUGCCAAAAACCCUCAGACAUCCAGAACCAGCAGCCCAACUUCCGGUGCCACCGUAGCAGAGCAGAACCGGGUUAACACGGCCCAAGAAAAGCAGGGCGCCCGGCCCAAAGCUGGCCCAGAGAAGGCUGGGACGAUAGUGAAAAAUGGAAAGACUUCUGUGUGGAUUUAGGUGUCUAAACUCAUCAGCGUUGUUACUGAUGUAGACCUUUGUAGAAGACUUUAUCCAAUUCCUUUGUCUUUUUGGAAAGAACAAUGAAGGAAAAUAAAACAACCUAUCAGUCUAGUAAUCCUGUAGCAAGAAAGGAGGAUACAGGAACAGCAUCCCUAUCUUCUUGAUGCAUCUUCUUGUGCUUACCAACCCUCAGAGUAGUUCUUAGCACACUUACUGAUCCACAUAUUGUGUCCUUUUUAAAGCAUGCACCAUAUUGCAAGUCAGAUGAGGUGUUUUAUUGAUGGAUUGUGGAAUGAAUUAAUUUAUUUUAUUAAUGUACAGUUGUUCAGGUUAAAUCUGAGCGAGGAUAUGGUAUAACAAGAGAUUCACUCUAGCUUAGAUCAUCCUUAUGAAGUAUUAUCUUCACUUGUUCUUACAAACAUGCUACCCCAAGAUGUCUGGACACUCAGCUCUCGUCAAUAUUGGUUUGUUUUGAAUUGUUUUUUCAAAAUAUGUACUCUACAAUUCAUAAUGCAGUGCAAUGAACAAAGCUCAAGUUGGCGAAUAAGAAGUUACCUUUAGUUUUGUGUGCGACGGAGAGGUGAAAAUGGUGCCGUUGAGAUUUCUUGAUGUUUAUCCUCAGUCGUAAAAUCUGUACAUUCAGCUGAACUCUUUACAAUACAAAACUAACAGAUCAAUAGUAACAACAUGUAAAACUGUAGUAUUUAUUUCAACUUGCACUGUUUUUCGGAGAAAAACUCUAUAAUAUUUCACAGUGUAAAUAAAUAUACAGAGAAGUAGUUUUAAAAUAUAUAAGUUUAGAUAUUUUUGAAGAAAUCCAGGCCUGCAGUUUUCCCCAGAAACUGUUUUUCUGAAGUGUAUUUGUAUUUGAGCCGUAUGCAGUGAGGGACGGUAUACAGUGAAAUGGUGAGGAUACCAGAGCUCUCAUGUAAUGUGCAAUAAUGUUGAAAUGUUUAAUGAUAAUAUGCCAAGUUUUAAAGUUGUGAAGUCGAACUCAACUUAAAAUUAAGUAGAACAAGGUCUAAAGUUUUUAAAGGUUAUGCAAAGAGAUUUUGGGUUCUAUGCAAUAAGUAACUUAAGAGCAAAUUGUAAGAAUGCAGUCCUGCCUUUGGAGAUGCUUUUUCCAGAUGUGCCUUUACUGGUUAAGAUUGUAACUGAUGUGAUUUGUUCAUCAAUAACAAACAAUAAUAAA